AUGGCGGGCAGCGACCACGAGGAUGGCCCCGCAGGCCACAAGCUCAAGAAGACGGGCACCUUUAGCAUGGCCGCAUCGCGAUUGAGCCUCUUCAACAAUCCGCUGAAGACGCACGACGAGGACGACGACGAGCAUCUGAUCGGGUCCGGCGGCGACCACCAGCACCAUCACAGCUCCUCUGUCGAGUCGGCCAACCUGAAGCCUGUGGACGAUGAUGAGGAGUCACCCCUGCAGUUCUCAAAGCGAGAAGCUGCAUCGACAUCUGAGCUGUUCUACGACUUGUGGUUCGUCGCCAAUCUCACAGUCUUUGCCACAGUGCAUCCCAUUACAACGUUGGGGACACUGGUAUCGUUCGUGGGAUUCUUCUUGCUGCUAUGGAACACCUGGUUCAUCACCACAGUUUUCGAUGCUCGUUUUGGUCAGGAUGGUAUUCUGCCACGACUCUGUCGUGCCUGCCACCUGGCCGUCAUGGUUGGGUUCGCCGUUGUUGGUGUUGCCUUUGACUCAAAGUCCCUGAUUCGACCCAUCAUCAAGGCCACUUCACUCUUUUUGGCUCUAUCGAGACUGGUGCUCGCCCUACAGUACAGCUUGAUUUUGUUCCAUGCUCGCCACCACCGUAGGAGCCGAAAGCCACUCAUUGUCGCGGUGCUUCUCCACAUCCUGCCAUUUAUUGGAUACCUCAUUGCCGGUAUCGUCUCGAACAAGAAGGAGGACCAGCAGCUGUUGUAUGUGUGGUACGGUAUCGGUUUGAUGGAGCUGCUCUCCAUCAUUGUUCACGCGACUCUUUCCAAGACUCUCAGCUUCGAAGGAACUCACUUUAACGAGCGACUCAACCUCUUGACGCUCAUCAUCAUCGGUGAAGGUGUCAUCAUCCUCUUGAAGAAUGUGACCAAGAUUGUCGAGUAUACCUAUCUGAAGGGCAUCUCCACCUCCUGGUCCCCUGCUUUGAUCGGUAUUCUGAUUUGUUCUGCCGCCAUCCUGUACAUCACUUUCCAGCUCUACUUCGACUGGAUGCACCACCACAAUCAUAUCGACCCCAUCCGCCAGGCUUUCUGGACACUCAUCCACUUGCCAUUCCAUGCCGCGUUGGUUCUCUUGGCCGAGGGCGGUGGCCAAUGGGGAAUUUGGUGGCGCGCCACCGAGUCGUACAAUGAAGCCGGCAACAAGCUCUUGAAGGUUGUGGAAUCCAUCAUGGAAGAAUCACCUGUCAAAUCAUCCGACAUCGCCGAAGCCCUUCACGACGAAGCCUUUGAUAUCAUGAAGAAGUACGGCGCCGAUGUGGAGGAGGGCAGCAAGGAUAUCAAGGGCAUGGAGGAAGUUUUCAAGAACAUCUCCUCACUGUCUGACUCUCUCUGGGUGGAGGGCAAACAGAGCGAAGACUACCAAACUUGGAUUGACAGCGUGCUUUCCAUCACGACUUCGGUUUUCAAUUCGAUCAGCAAGGCGUUCUACCUCGUCAUCAAAAAGAAGGAAAAGCAGACGGCAACCUCUAUGAAUUGGCAGGAUGCUGAGAUAGCCGCAAUUCAGCAGACCCAGGAGCGACAGGAGCUGGUCUUCACGUAUCUGUUCGUGAGUGCUGGUAUUGUGCUCAUUUUCCUUAUGACCAUGCAUUUACUCUCCAAGCAAAAGGGAUGGUCCAUCUUCAACAUGUUCCGAGUCAUCGUCGUCUUCCUCAUGGGUAUUGGUCUCGGUCUUGUGCCAGUCCUUCAUACCAACGUAAAGCACCUCACGACCUUCCUUCUCACGCCUUGGCAGCUGCCUGCGAUCACGAUUGUAUACUUUAUUGUCCUCAUCGUCACCCAUCUGCCACACCCUCCCCGGAUCUACAUCAAGCGGUCCGAGAUCCAGGACAUCGAGAUGAGCCAGAAGCCCGGCAUGGAACCCUCCCGGGCACCAAACCACCAAGCCCAGGGCAUGGCACCGACCGCCGCUUACGAUCCCAACGCCAGCUACGCAGCAGGCGGGUACUCGGACAACAUUGGCCCGCAGGCUGCUCCCUACGAUCCCACCGCCACUUCCCAGGCCCCUACCGCCGGCUACCCCGGUUACUUCCCUGGUCAACAUGACGAUACCGCCUAUUACGGAGGUUCUGCCGUGCAGAUGCCCGCCGGGCCACCUCCAAUUCCAGCCUCAGGCCCAGCCCCGAAACGUGGCAUGACCUUGAGGAGAGGCUUGACAAUCAUGCAGAACGCGGCGAGGAGUAUCCAUGUCGAGCGGGCGCCUUAUAGUCCUAUUAAUGAUGACGGGUACAACAACGCUGACCGCAGGAUCGCCGGCCUCUACCAUCACGGUUAG